GUGGGAGCCGGGACGGCGGCCCCUCGGCGGAGAGGACGCGAGCCUCGCAGCGCCGCGGCGGCGGAGGCAGCGUCGAGCCUCUGGCAGGGUUAUUCAAGAUAGCCAUUUUCAACAAAGAUCAAUGAUCUAAAUUUAAAAAGAGAUUUCUAAGUUAAACAUGGAAAGAAAAUACUGGAAACACUUGGAGUCUGACAAGAUAAAGAAUACAGUAUUUUACAGCUACUUGUAAUGGAACCUUUGUGAAAUUCCUUACUUGUCAUGCACCCAACUGGGAACAUGGAUGUUGGUUUUUCUCGUUCUGCUGUUCAGACGCUGUCAAGAAGCCACUGCAAAAACAUCAAACAAAAAAUUUCUCAGUGGGAAGGAAGGACUAAUGGUAUAUCUAACCCAGUUAAAUGGCAUCCAAAGGACUUUGGAGUGAGAUAUAAUAACUAUCAACAACAGAUUCUUCCUAAGAAAAAUCCUGUUUUGGAGGGACCGAGCAAAAAGCUGGAUGUAACCAACUCUCAAAAUGUGGGUCUAGGCAUGAGCGGAGAUGCAAAAAGCUGUGAUCAAAGUGAGGAUGAAAGUGAAAAUCAUGAACUUAAUACACGUUUCUUUAAAAAUGAAUCAGAAUCCAACUGGGUGUGUUCUCGUAUCAAACAAAUUGAAAGCUGGAAAGAAGUUGUUUUGGAUCCAGAGACUUCAUUACCUCCAGGAAACCUCUAUACCUCACAGAUAUUAUGGAAGAAAAUAGAAUCACUUCCCCCAAAUAAAGUCUUAAAUUUGGCUUUAGAACAUUGUGACUCUUCAGAAAAAGAACUGAAUUUCAGGGUUCUGGAGAGUUCAUAUGGAAUAACUAAGAGCUUAGAAAAUAUUUACUCUGAACCUGAGGGGCAAGAAUGUGGAUCGUCUAUAAAUCCUUUGCCAAAACCUCGUAGGACAUUCAGAUAUUUGUCUGAAUCUGGUGUUAUGCCAUGUAAGGAAAGAAACUGUGACAAAAAAUACUGUGAAAAUACUUCUUGUGCAGAAUCUUCUUUGGCUUCUUCUCGGGAACCUGAACCAAAGAAAUAUGGUGGAAAAAUCAGAGGGAGGUCUAAAAGGAAAUCCUUUGAAUUUGAGGAUAUUCAGCACUUUCGAAAUCGGAACUCACAGAAGAUCCAUGAAGAACUUGGAAGAAAUUCUGGCUCAGCACUUUAUUACACGCAAUCUGAGGACAAUAUCUAUGAGGAUAUCAUAUAUCCUGCCAAAGAAAAUCCCUAUGAAGAUAUUCCAGUGCAGCCUCUACCCAUGUGGAGAUCUCCUUCAGCAUGGAAGCUAUCACCCCCUAAAUAUGCUUUCAGAGCGCCCAAGCUUCCUCCCAAACCUCAGUUCCUUCACCGGAAGACUAUGGAACUGAAGAACUCACGAGCUUAUUUACGGCCAAAGCUCACAAAGGAUACCACUUUGCCUGUCACAUUAACUGAAUGGAAGCUUUUCAGAGCUGGAGAAGUUGCAAACAGGAAAAGGAGAACUCUUCCAAGACUUGUAUUGAAAAUAGAUGAUAUAUUUGAGUCUAAGAGAGGGAAAAAGAAGGUAAAGUUACACCCUUGCACUGGAAAAGAGAUACCUCCCUCAAAAGGUGAAACCAGUGGGAACGAAAGUGAUGCCGAGUAUCUGCCAAAGAAUCGCCACAAGCGCCUAGCACAACUGCAGCAGUCUUUCAAAAGAAACCCUCACUACCAGACCUUGGAGCGGGAUCUUAUUGAAUUACAAGAGCAGCAGCUGUUUGAGCUUUUUGUGGUGGUGUCUCUGCAGAAGAAGCCAUCAGGAGUUAGCUAUAUUCCCCAGGUCAUACAGCAGUUCCCUGGCAAGGGUGAUCAUGGCUAUAAGCAAUCCAGAGACACUGAAGAGAGGCUCAAAGUUAUCCCAAAAUUCUGUUUUCCUGAUUCAAAGGACUGGGUGCCAACCUCAGAACUCAAGAGUGAGACAUUCUCCUUUGUCUUGACUGGUGAAGAUGGGAGUCGGUGGUUUGGUUACUGUAAGAAGCUCUUGCCAGAAGGAAAAGGAAAGCGACUCCCUGAGGUUUACUGCAUGGUCAGUCGCCUUGGCUGCUUCAAUCUUUUCUCAAAGAUUCUGGAUGAAGUAGAGAAGAGAAGAGAAAUGUCUCCAGCACUUGUUUACCCAUUCAUGCGAAGUGUCAUGGAAGCUCCUUUCCCAGCCCCUGGACGCACCAUCACAGUUAAGAGCUACCUCCCUGGGGCUGGAGAUGGGUCUAUUGAACUCUGCCGACCACUAGACUCCCGACUGGAGCAUGUUGAUUUUGAAUGCCUCUUUAAGUGCCUGAGUGUAUGUCAUCUCAUCCGGGUCUGUGCCUCUCUCCUUUUAGAGCGGAGGGUUAUCUUUGUUGCCAAUAGCCUAAGCACCCUGUCAAAAUGCGGCCAUGCUGUGGUAGCCACACUGUAUCCAUUCACCUGGCAGCACACCUACAUCCCAGUCCUACCAGCAUCUAUGAUCGACAUUGUCUGCUCACCUACCCCAUUCCUUAUUGGAAUCCUGUCUUGCUCCUUACCACAGCUCCAGGACCUACCCAUUGAAGAGGUGCUGAUAGUUGAUCUCUGUGCAGACAAGUUCUUACAGGAGGUAUCUGAUGAGGAUGAAAUCCUACCAUCUAAACUUCAGGCUGCCCUGAUACAAAUUUUGGAAGAACGAAAUGAAAUCUUAGCUCAGGAGCGGAACUUUUCACAAGCAGAUGUGACACUCAACUCUCUGGUAUCAGAAGCAUUUGUCAGGUUUUUUGUGGAGCUAGUGGGACAUUAUUCUUUGAACAUGACCGUCACUGAGCAGGGCGAACGUGUAUUCCAAAGGGAACCAUUCCGUAAGUCCCACACCUCUCGAAGUGUACGCCACUUCCUGGAUCUCUUCAUGGAGACUCAGAUGUUUGCAGGAUUCAUCCAGGACCGAGAGCUUCGGAAAACUGGAGUUAAAGGUUUGUUUGAGGUCCGGGCCCAUCAGUAUUUGGAAACAAUUCCUGAGUCUGAGCCCAGUGGAAUGAACAAAAUUUUGCGAAGUCUUGGAAGUAAAAUGAAAUUUCUGCAGAAGAAAUGAAAAUUUUGAUUGACAGUCUCCAUCCUAAAUAGAACAAAGAGUGCCAAAGAAGAUAUUUUUCCAAGGGUCAGGAUCCCUUGAAGUAUUCUACAAAAUCCUUGACGUUUAAAAGUGUAAAGAGCAAGUCAUGCUCUCAGAGGACUGUCCUGAUGCUGCUGUAGUAAUCACUGGAGCACUGUUGGGAAUAGUCUGGAACCAAUGUUCUGUUUACUCUGCCACCAGUGUUUUUGUUUUGACUUUUGUUUUCUAAUUGAUUCUUGGGCUUGUUCUCUGUGUUUUGUGUUUGGUUUGUGAAGGCAGUUGUCUUUUACAAGGGAAAGGAUUCUUGGUAUUGCAAUUAAAAAACAGCCCAAGAGGAGUAGAGUGAGAGACGCUGAGUUCAAGGUCCUGCAGAGGCCUGACAGAAGUGGAGAACACUAGCCAUAUGCACUUCUCAUCAUUGAAAUAUCAUGGCAGCUUUCAACCCAGAGCAUGUUUGAGCUGGGCUGGGAAAUGUACUCAUCAUGUAGCUUCAUUUUUAAAUCUAAUUUCUGGCAAGGGGAAUCUGACUUAUCUGAAGCCCUACCUGUUAGCACUGUUACUGUUACCUUAUAAAAACAGACAUGUUGCAGCUCCUCCACAUUAUGUGGCACUUGAGUAUCUUACCCCUCACAUGUCAACAUUGGACUUUGUAGAAUUAUAGCUAAUAGAGGAGAAUGUGCUCUCAAGGACAUUGGGACUGUCUUGUUUUAUGUGUGUGUACCAUGUACCUUGCACUGUGGCACAUGUAUAUACAUCAUUUUAUUCAGUCCUUAAAUCAGCUUUAUAAGAUAGAUAAUUGCAUUUCUGUUUUGCUAAUGAAGAAACUGGAAUCCAAAGAAGUUAGAUAACUUUUCCAAAGUUGUACAACAAAUACAUAAUUGAAGCCAGGAAUUUUAUUUUGUAAAUACAGAGAAAGUUGGUUAGAUGCAAAUUUCAACUCUAUGGGACCACAGUUAUUUAAAAAGUUUUCCAUUAAGUGUAUUAGAUCCACCUGUCAGCUUUGAGGAUAAGGGAUUUUAUUUAAAUUACAGGUGCCUAGAUGAAACUUUCUUGAUUCACCUAGAAUUGUUGUAAAGUUUGCUGUAAUUAAAUUGGACUCAGAAUAUGAACAUUUCUUGAACAUACCACACUUAAUCAUGCAGGUCCUUACCAUCUAAAGUAGUAGUGGUGAUUGAAAAACAGGGUUGUCAGUGAUGGUGCAAUUUUCAUUGAUAAAUACUACUGCAAGCAUCAGUUUGUUUUCUUCAACUUCUGCUGAUGGUUUUAACUGGAAUAGAAAAUAUUUAUUCAAACUUUCAAAACUUGUAAGUUGUAUUGUGAUACAGUUUAUGGACUUGCACUGUGUAGUCAUUACAGCCCAUGCAGGUGUGCAGAAAUGAAUCUGAAUCAGACACCAUUUCAGAAGAGUGCUAUGUAAUGUAAUUCCUACAGAUGUGGAUCCAGGGGAUAGAACUGAGCCUGUGUCUUCCUAAAAAAUGCUGAUUAAGCAGCUUUCCCCCAUGGGACUCCUACUGGAUAUCUCACCAGUUGGUCUUUUCUUAUAUACCAGCUGUGAGGGAACAAUUAAUAACUGGUUGUUUAUAAAAAUGGACAAUGGGGUUGUCAUUGUGGCAUAGCAAGUUAAGCCAGUGCUUGCGAAGUUGGCAUUCCAUGUUGGAGUGCUGGUUGGAGCCCUGGUUGCUCCACUUCUGAUCCAGCUUCCUGUUAAUGUGCCUGGGAAAGCAGCAGAGGACCUAAGUACUUGGCCCCUCCAUUCAUGUGAGAGACCAGGAUGGAGUUCCUGGCUUCUGGCUUCAGCCUGGCCCAGAUCUGGCAGUUGUGGACAAUUGGGGCACGAACCAGUGGAUAGAAGAUCCAUUUCCCCCAUGCCCAGGUAUCUCUUGCUCACUCUCUCUCUCUCACUUGGCCUUUCAAAUAAAUAAAUAUUUAUAUAAUGGGCUUAGGGGGGUUUACUGUGGUGCAUCCUGGUUAUCCCUCCGUGAGGUGAGCUUGGUUUCAGGAAUGGGUUAUCCCUGAAAUCUAAGGUCACUUCCUAUCCUUAAUGUCUGUUGUAUUUUGUUUUUGUAAAGUGUUGUGAAUUCUGAACAUAUUUGUAAAAAAAAAUUGCUCAAGAUUUGUAUAAAAUGUUGUUUACAGAUCUUAUA